ACUAUGACAACAGAAAGGCAGAGUUUCAGUGUUGACUUAGACUUUCUAAAUGACAGGCUGUUUAACCGAGUUCAGUGCUACAGUGCAGAAUUUAAAGAGUUUAGCUCGCGCUCGGGCGGCAGAUAUUCCACUGCGCCCCCUGCUAUAUGCGAGUGGAACUGCAGCCGCGGCCGCAGGAGUUUAUUAUUAUAUUAUGAAGCGUGGCGACGGGGAGAAAACAGCGGACACAACUCUCACCGAGGACCCAGUACAGACCCAGCUCUCUGCAGUAGAUGUUUCUUUGCUGGAUCCAGGCUUGAUGUCUGAUGUGGAUGGAGUCCGUGUCACACAGACUGACAGCGGUGUCCCUCAGGAGUCUCUUAGCGAGGCUGGGGAGAAGAAUCAGAAGGUGGAGGUGUCCAGUGCUCCGGUGCACAGUGAGAGGUCCAACCUGGAAGACAGAGUGAGGGAGUUGGAGGAACUGCUUUGUGAGGCACACAGAGAGUGUGAGAGAAAAACCAAGGAGUGUGAGCGGGAGCAGGAGGCUCACAAUAUAAUGAAGUUACAGUACGAUGAAAUGAAGGAAACAUCACAUAAUGCGGCAUCACUAAAGGUCUCUCUGGCUGAAACUGAAAGGAAAUAUGAGCAGGUGAUGGAGUCCAAUGCUCAGCUGAAGAAUGAGAACUCUGACCUGGUGUCAAAGGUGAACACACUGCAAGACUCAUUGCAGGAUUUGGGCAUCCUGCUCUCUGAGACACACACGGAGUGUGCUGAGGCAGUGAGGUCAUAUGAGUCGGAGCUGAACCUUCGCAAAUAUGUGCAGUCCGAGUACGAUAAGAGGGAGGAAAACUGUAGUAAGAAAAUCAGCACACUAAGGGUCACGCUUGCUGCAGCUGAUAAGCAAUACGAGCAGGCGAUGGAGUCCAUUGCUCAGCUGGAGAAGGAGAACUCCAAGCUGAUGUCCGACGUGAAGACACUGCAAGACUCGAUGCUGGAGUUGGACGAAGAGCUAUCUGUGACCCGGAUAAGGUGUAAUGAGAUAACAAGAGAGUGUGAGGGAAAAACCUGGGAGUUGGGCAUGCUGCAGUCUGAUUGCAAUGACAUGAAGGAAACUUUACUAAAGGAGUGUGAGAAAGACCCGGAGGUUCACCGUAUGCUGCUGUCACAAAACGAUGAGUUGAAGAAGUUGUUAAAUCAGAAGGAGGAGUUACUUAAGGUCUCUCUGGCUGAAGCUGAGAGGAAAUGUGAGCAGGCGAUGGAGCACAAUGCUCAGCUGGAGAAUGAGAACUCCAACCUGAUGUCCCAGGUGAAUACACUGCAAGGUUCAGUUCAGCAGCUGGAGGAAGAGGUCUCUGAGACACACAGGAAGUGUGAAGAGAUAAAGAGAGAGUAUGAGCGGGAGGCGCAGUGCAAAGAGAUGAGGGCAACUUUAGAACAGUGCAAUGUGUUACUAAAGGAGUGUGCGCGAGAGAGGGAAGCUCACAGUGUCCUGAAGUUGCAGCACUCUCAAGUGACUUUAACACACACUGAGGAGUCACUAAAGGUCUCUUUAGCUGAAGCCGAGAGGAAAUAUGAGCAGGCAAAGGAGACCAACACUCGUGUGGAGAAUGAGAAGUCGGUUCUGGUGUCCAAGGUGAACCAACUGCAAGACACAGUGCGGGGGUUGACUACACUGCUCGCUCAGACAUACAAGAAGUGUACUAAGGCACUGAGUGUGUGUGCCAUAGCGAAAGGCGUUGCUGAUUUUGUGGAGUCCGAGGCCACAAAGCGGGUGACGUUUUUAAUUCAGACAAAAAAAUCACUUGAGGUCGCUCUAGCUGAAGCUGAGCAGAAAUUUGAGAGGGCAAAGGCAGAAAUUACUCAGCUGGAAAAUAAUAAGGCUGAAAUAGAAUCUAAUAUACGUACAUUGCUAGACAUGGCGAGUGACUCAGCGGAACAGCUUUGUGAGACCAGGAGAAGGUGUGAUGAGGUCACAAGGGAGUGUGUGCAAAAAACUCGGGAUUUGAGGAAGCUAGAGUCCAAGUGGAAUUUGUUGAAUGAAACUGUACUAAAGGAUUAUGAGGCAGGGUGUGUAGCUCACGGUGUCCUGAGGGUGCAGUACAAUGAGCUGAAGGAACAGCAUGAGGAGUUACUAAAGGAGUGUGAGAGAGAGAGGGAGGCCCAUAGUGUCCUGAAGUCUCAGUAUGAUCAGAUGAAGGAAACUUCAAUGCAGUCAAAUGCUCAGCUGGAGAACGAGAAAUCAGACCUGAUGUACCACGUGCAUAAACUGGGAGGCAGAGUGCAGCAGCUGGAGGAACUGCUGUAUGAGGCAGACAUGAUAUGUGGUGCUAUAAAGCAGGAGUGUAAGCGUGAGCGGGAAGCUCACAGUGACCUGAAGGUGCCGUAUGAUGAAAUGAAGGAAACUCAAUCACACAACAAGGAGUCACUAAAAGUCACUGUGGCUGAAGCUGAAGAGAAAUAUGGGCCAGCGAUCGAGUCCAGUGCUCAGCUGGACAAUGAGAAGUCUGACCUGAUGUCCCAGGUCACACAACCCUUUGAUGUUGGGGAACUUUUGUUGAUGGAUCUGAUUGGGAAACUUGUUCUCACAGACCGUGACCAUCAGUACAUAUGCGUAAUGAUUGAUUACUUAACCGAAUGACCACAGGCUUAUCCACUUCGUUGUGUAUGCAGAGGUCACACACUGCAUUAUUAUUUAUUUAUUUUUAAUCAGUUUGAGGCACCAAAGUGCAUACUCGCUGACCAAGGAAGGGAGUCUGUUAAUCAGGUAAGUUAAAGCUGUACCAUACCAUAUAGUAAUAGCAUAUACAGAUGGUAAAUGGUACACCAUACUUUUUUUUUUCUAUAAAUCUACUAUAAUUAAAAAUAACAUUAUGAUUGUAAUAACAAUUUAACCAGAGUUUGUGCCCGUCGUAUCAUCCCCAGGCUAAUUGUCUUGUCAAAAGCAUGAAUGGGACAAUACAGAGGUGCUAAAUAUUGUGUAUAUAUCCAGGUUUAUAUAAAGGUACUUAAAAGGUAUACUAUGUAACUUUUUUUUUGUUCAAAAUAAAUGAAAUUUAAAUAAUGUACAUCAUAAAUCCAUCUUACAAACCGUGUUUUUGUCUUACUCUGAUUCAGUAAGUUAAACCUAUUAUAAGUAUUUACAUGUUAGACCCGUCGAGAUGGAUUUUGCAGGAAAUUGCGUACAUACGUCAUUCGCCCGUGCGUGUCUUGUCAUAUCCAUAAACAGAGAAAAGUAGCUUCCAAUUGUAGCCUCAUACCCAGUCCCCGACACUGACUUUCUUGAAUGUACUGUUUCUGUCAGCUUUACCUUUUAUUCCCUUAUAUAUAUAUAUACACACACAUACAUACAUACACACACACACACACACACACACACACACACACACACAGUAUCUCCCAAAAGUGAAUACACCCCUCACAUUUUUGUAAAUAUUUGAUUAUAUCUUUUCAUGUGACAACACUGAAGAAAUGACACUUUGCUACAAUGUAAAGUAGUGAGUGUACAGCUUGUGUAACAGUGUAAAUUUGCUGUCCCCUCAAAAUAACUCAACACACAGCCAUUAAUGUCUAAACCGCUGGUUUAAUUAAUGUCUAAACCAUAUAUUAUUUUUUUAUCUUAUUUAUUUAGUUUAUAUUAUGUACAAGUACUUAUGCAUUAUUUUUUAUGGAUUCACAAAAAGCACCAAAUUAAACUACAGUCCUAAAUUAAUAAUAUAUAUUCUUGUGUGUGUUGGGUUCUUUUCUGUUUUGGACAAACAGUUGUGUAAAUUUUUAGUCUGCAUUUAUAUUUGUAACACUCAGUUUGUGGAUUUUAUGUUAAAUAAACUAACAAACAAAAAAAAGGUACUGAACAUUGCUAUCUGAUUAAUCGACUAAUCGAAGAAGAAGAGAAUAAUAAUCGGCCAACUAAUCGAUUAUGAAAAUA